CCGGUUUUUGGUGAACUGCUUUCCCCAAUAUUCAAGUAACUGAUAGUUUAUAGUUCUACUGUCUCAAGCGGUGAUCAAACACAGGUCGUCGCGACAAACUUGCCCUGGUUUGGCUAGCUAGUUAGCUAACAUUUAUUCCUUGAUCAGGACUCUGUUCCAUUAUUACAUUACACAUAACGAGUCAUUGGACGAAGGCGUCUUCUGUGCGGGGGAGUAUUUUUAACGACACUCGGUCUGAACAUGAAAACGAUUCGCUUGCGGUACGAUUUUGGAAGCAUAAUGACCUUAUCUUUAACAUCAAAUAUACAUAUUUUCCAAACAAAAGGUUAAAUUGUUACACAACUUCAUAGCGUUUGGGUUCCCACACGGCCAUGUUUCCAUGUUAGUGUUUGUUUACGCAGACAGCUAACGUUAUCUGGGAAUCCGAACACCUGUGUAAACGGAAGACAAACGCCACAAACAUGUCACUGAAAAAUACUGUCCGCUGCAACUGUUAACCCGGAGGUGCUGUCAUAGACAACAACCGUGUGAUAGAACACUGGACUGAGAAGACCUGCAGUUGUCUGAGUGGCUUCCUCUUUCUGCGUGGCAUCAUGGGAAAGGAGGCGUGUCUACGAUAUACUUCUUCUACCUCGCUCCCUCCUCCUCUCUCCCUCCCUCUGAUGCCGGGGUUCAGUAGUGGGGGACUAGGUGAGGAGGUGGGUGGCCCCGCCUUCUCUCCUCCCUGCCCGUUCCGACCCAGUCGCUACGUUCCCGUCUCCGCGGCAACCAUUUUCCUGGUCGGCUCCACCACGCUCUUCUUCUGCUUCACGUGUCCGUGGUUGUCAGAGCAUGUCUCCUCCGUUGUUCCCAUCUAUAACGCUGUGGUCUUCCUCUUCACCCUCGCCAACUUCUGCAUGGCCACCUUUAUGGACCCAGGGGUCUUUCCCAGAGCGGAAGAGGAUGAGGAUAAAGAGGAUGAUUUCCGYGCUCCGCUCUAUAAAACGGUGGAGGUUAAGGGCAUUCAGGUCCGGAUGAAGUGGUGUUCCAGCUGCCGUUUCUACAGACCGCCCCGCUGCUCACACUGCUCUGUGUGUGACAACUGUGUGGAGGACUUUGACCACCACUGCCCUUGGGUGAACAACUGUAUCGGGCGCAGGAACUACCGUCACUUCUUCCUGUUCCUGUUGUCCCUGACAAUCCACAUCAUGGGUGUGUUUGGCUUCGGCCUGCUGUACAUCCUCCAGCACCAGCACCAGCUGGACAGUGUUCACUCCUCUGUCACUAUGGCUACGAUGUGUACCGCUGGCCUGUUCUUCAUCCCGGUAGCUGGUCUUACUGGUUUCCACAUGGUACUGGUAGCUCGGGGAAGGACCACUAACGAGCAGGUCACAGGGAAGUUUAGGGGCGGAGUUAACCCUUUCACCAAUGGCUGUCUGAGGAACGUCUCGCACGUGCUCUGUAGCUCUCAGGCUCCCAGGUACGUGGGGCGGUGGCGGGGCAAGCAGACAGUGGAGGUGCAGCCUCCCUUUCUCCGCCCUCCUCUCUCCGAGGCGCAGCUAGAGGCCAAAGUCCUGGACAACGGCAUCCAGAACGACCACCACAGCACCCGGUCUAAGAGCAGUUUAGAGCAGAUGGAGAGCCAGUCAGCAGAUGCAGAGCCUCCACCUCCUCCCAAACCGGAGGUCCGCUACCCUGGCCUGCCCCGCGCAGACACCGAGGAAAGCAGCCUGCUGUCUGAAGGUCCGUCCACUCCCUCUAUGUACAUGUACCGGCCGGCCUAUAGCAGCCCACAGAGGAACCACACAGCUCUGACACACCCAAACAAGAUGAUUCGUGGGGACAGUCUGGACUCUCCCUCCAUUCUCCAGUCGAGUCGCCAGCCCAGCUAUCGGUCUGAGCCCAGCAGCCUGGAUGGGGGGUCGGUAAUUGGUUUGGCGGCACGUGGAGGGGAGAGGGGCGAGGGCCCCGGGGGGUCCAGUGGGACGGGUGGGGUGGUUGCGGGGGGUAUCUCCGGGUACUCCCUAGGGGGGCGGUCGUACACUUCCUACCCCUCCUCUCUGGUCCUGUCCACCGGUGGUUCUCACUCCUCCAGCAUGCGCUCUGCCCACACACACCAUAAUACUCUGGGCACGCUCCAAUCAGAGGGCACCACCGACACCAGCUACAAGAGCCUGGCCAAUCAGACACCUCAGAACGGCAGCCUGUCCUACGACAGCCUGCUGACGCCGUCCGAGAGCCCUGAGUUUGAGUCGGCCGCUCACGAGUUGUCCCCACAGAAGCCCCACGCCCCUGCAACGUUUCCCCCGGCGAUGACCUCCUCGCCGCCCCCCGGUGUCAGGGACGUGCCCUUGCAGGGGUACACCUCACCCUUCCUCUCAGCACAGAUGGCCCAGCAGAGAGAGGGCCAGCUGCUCCAGGGCUCUGCCUCUUUCUCCUCCCCCAACAGGGCAUACCUCCGCGCCGUCAGCCCUCCCCCGCCGAAUCCCCCACACGCUGCCCACCCUGAGACACAGCACCACCUCCUCCACCAGGACUCAAGACACCCACACCUCCGUGCCACAUCCUCCAUUCGCCCCCUUCCUCCCGUCUCUGAACAGCCCUCCCCCUCCUCCCCGCAUGCCUGUUCCCCGGACCCCCCUGUGUCUCCCCCGCCCAGAGGCCCCUCCCUAGGGAAGUCCCCCUCCUACACCGGGGAGGCAGGGCUCCAGCACAAGGCUCGGCCAACAGGAGGAGGCAGUUUGUCGGGAGGGGGCGGAAUCGGCGUGACCCAGGCUCCACAAUCCACCUGUCGCCCAGGCUUGGCCAAUCACAGCACAUCCAAACCAGUGGGGGGGGUGAAGAAGGUGACUGGCGUUGGAGGGACCACCUAUAAGAUAUCGGUUUGAGUGACGGACAUCCGCCCCAGCCGAAGAUAGAAAGAAUGUUCCACUGGACAGAUUCCAAUGUUCUUACUCUGAGGAGACUUGGAGAUGGUUAUUCACUCACAUGCACGCACACAAUGAAAGGACUAUCCUCUGCUCUUGGUCAAUAUGGUGUGGAUAGUGGAACAUAAGUGUUUGGCUCACUGGUACUUCAAUGACCUUAGUAUCUUUAUAAUGCCACUGGCCAUCUUUUUACUGACGAUCUUUCAUAUUGGAUCGAAUGGCGACUGAAGUGAAACUCUGAAUGUUGACCAGUAAUGGAAUGGGACAACCUCUCCGCAGUCUGUUGUUAUGACAGCUGGGUACUAAACUCUUUAACGCAUAUAUACAAAGAUUAUUUAUUUCGGUACGUUAGUACAUGGAGAAUUUAUACGAUAAAAUAUAAUCCUGGAAAGGAGGACAUUUGAACCAAUCAGUAUGGAGCCUGAGAGGGCGCAUAUGGACUGGUGACCAAUUGUGGUGCUCAGUGGUUCAAGACUUCCUGUCCCAUUCAAAUGGAUGGACCAAUCACAAUGGAUCACCACUCCACAGUAGUCACUAAUGUAAUUAGGCUGCAGCGAAUAUUCAGACUGCAGAGAUGAUGCCUCAACCCCUGCAAACACAGUUUCAUUUGAGUUUUAUAAAGCUUUUUUUUUUUUUAUAUUGUUUUUUAUAUAAAUGCCUAAAGAAUCUUUAAGAAUCAUUGGGUCAAUUGUUCAGAUGUUGGAGAUAGCGUUUUGGGGUUUGUGAAUGACUGAAUGUGAGUUAGACUAAUCGCUUGUUUUGAUUGAUGGCUGUAUCAGCCAGUCAUAGAGCUCGCUGCAAUUCUCAUCCAAAGAGAUUGGUGAUCCUAUAUGACGGCCAGCGGAAGAGGCCUGUCACUGAGGAUGUUGAAAGCCACAAAGAAAAUGUUUAUUCCGAAUCAUAAAUACAGUACAAGCCUCUUUGUGGAAUGUACACUAGAAAUGUUUAUUAUUGAUACAUUAUGCAAAUUCUCUCUUCGUAGCUUUUAAAUGAUUUGCUUGUCAUUUUGGUGUUCAAAAUGUUUUGUUUGUCAAUCAGUGCUAGAAAAACUUUAAGGAUGGUCAGCCAAACAUGUUAAGAGUGUGAGGGGGCAUAUUUAUUUUACCGGACAGGAAAACCCUUUGAGUUCUGAACACAAUUCCAAACCAAUCUCUAUAUCCAGGAGUUGGAAGAAGUUGCCCCUACACAUUGAGGCCUUUUGCCCCUAUUUGUUAGGGCACUAAGGGAGGGUAAGCUGGUUCUAAAUCUACUCCCAGAAGGGUAACUUCUACCCAGAGACCACAUCCCUAUCAUAGUGCCUUGUCCUUAGAUUCUAAUAUAAUUGGAAGAUUCCAACAAAUCAAAUUCUGSGGGGUGAUAUAAAUAUAGGUAUUCUGUAGUAACUUUUCUUUGUUCAUAUAUGUAUGACGUGUCUAGGAGGCGACAGAUGUCGGGGUUGGUUUGAAAUUGAGGGCUGUUUUGAUCUUUUUUUUGUUGCCUUGAGACCAUUCGUAGUAAAACAAAGCGUUGAAAAAAUAUAUUUUUAAGUAUUUCUUACAACUAUUGUAUUUAAUAUUUUUAUUGGUUUUGUUGACAUUCUGGCCUCUUGAUUUCCUUAUCUGCUUUCUGUUGUUUUUUUUAAUCUCUUUAUGGUACAGUUAACAUUUUGCCCAUGUAUAGGUUUAGGAAGGCACAGUCAGAAACAGAAAGAUGUGUUUGUGUGUCAGGAGUGUGUGGUUGGGAGAAGGAGGUGGUAUGUUUAAUCCAAGCCCACUACAGAGUUGGAAUGUCAAAGCUAGCUGAAUGUAGCACGUUUUAUGUUCAGGGAAUUCUGAAGCACACAAAUGAUCAACCAAUCACACAGCAGUGUGGCCACAGUCAGUGUUUGUAUGGGACCCCCACCCCCCCUCGCCAUGUGUACAGUAGGUGUGCAUGUGAUUCUGUGUGUGUUGAAUGCACUCCCGGUGUGAGAAUAUCCUCGUCAAAUGCACACCUGGUUGAUAUGAGUACAAGCAGUCAAACAUACAGGGCUAGAGAGAGUCUUACUUUCUCCUGGUGGGGAAGGGGGCUUUGAACAACAGAAUAUACGUGAUUAAAUAAGAAUGCUGCUAUUGUUGUGGGCUAUGCUAAAUGGAGUGUCACAAAUAUUUCUGAUGAGUAUGUAGAAGACAUUUCCAAAAUGGCCUUAAGAGUUUAAGGUGUCUUCUCAGAAUAAAAGGUCAACCUGA